AUGUUGCGUUCGCCCACCAUCACGCAAAACACAUUGCCAGUGCCGACUGUUCCCGUUUCAGUUCAUCCACCAGUUCCAGGAGAAAAUCAUCCUUAUUAUGGAAAUAUCCAUAACAAACAAGUAAAACUCCCGCCGGGUACCUUCAAUCAGCAAGCGUCCAGUUCUAGUUACAGGCGAGCUUCAAACGAGUUUGUAGCUGACGAGUCAGAAUCAAGCAUACAUGAAGCUGCCGCCGCUGGUAAUUUGCAUAGAGUACGUCAGUUGCUCCAACGACAAGACGCUGGGGCAAAUUUAUCUCCUUUCAUGCUUGCAAACGAAGCCACUCCGUCCUCUGGUCUGACACCACUACACUACGCUGCCUCGCGAGGGCACCUGCCGGUAGUCAAAUUGUUAGUGGACAAUGCAGGCGCUAUUGUUGAUUUAGAAGAUCAAACCGGAGAGACUGCUCUCCAUAAAGCGUCAUUGGCGGGAUUUCCUGCCGUGGUGGCGUUUCUUUUGCGACGAAACGCUCAUGUUGAACGGCAAGACAGUGAUGGGUGGACUGCCCUCCACAACGCCUGCGCACAAGGAUACAUUACAAUAGUUCAGUAUCUUUUGGAGCAUACUGAUGCGGACGUUAAUGUUCAAAGCCACAAAGGACAUACGCCCUUGAUGAACGCGUCAUCUAAAGGACAUAUAGAAGUUGUCGAGUAUCUAUUAGGACGCGGAGCAGACCCGCUAUUAAAGAAUUCAAUCGGUGAAGCCGCAUACGACGUUGCUGCAGUAAGCCAAGAAAUUUACAUAUGUGAAUUACUUGAGAAGGCUGAACGUGAUUGUUGGAAAGCAAAGAAGGCUUUAUCUGGACAAUAUUCUUUUAGUGAUUUUACAUCAUCGCCGUCGACAGAUCAGCCAUACGAUGUCUACGCAUUUCAUAGCAACGUACCCAUUGUGAUUCACGAAAAUGAACGCGCAUCUUCGUCCUUUCCAAUGCUUCGCAGUGGGGCUGCCAAAUAUUCUGCUAGUUAUCUGUUAAAAAGCGAUGUACGCGGACCAUGGUCACUUCCUAAUGGAAAACCAACUACAAAGUCUGCGAUUGGUCUUCCGUCAGAUUCCCGUUCUUCGUCUGCAUCUGUCAUUUCGAGUUCAAGUUUAUCUAAAACUCUUAAUGAAUGGUUCUGGUUGACUGAUUGGCAGAUUGAUAUGUCAUAUCCACGCGUAGAUGCAGACGGAUGGCAAUACGCACGAAGUUUUGAUGAUUCUGAUUCUCUAUGGUUACCUGCUCCGCCGGCCGGGGCGAAUAAUUGGGUCCGCCGUCGCAGAUGGGUUCGCAUUACAAAGCGACAAUUUAAAGUCGACGGAACCGCGGCGAGCGAGCUCAUGCGCAAAAGUCAGUCGCUUACGCUUGAAGGGGAUAAUUACGUUGAGCGUGCUGAAGCUCUCUUGAACAAGCAUAGAAAUAUUUCUUUAUCGGAUCAAAUAGCCCGACAUAAGGAUGCAAUUGAAAUCUUAAAAGAAGGAAUUAAAACCGAUGACAAUAUGCAACGUAAAAUUGAGGCCAAUUCAUUAAUUACUGACUACUUAUCUCGCGUCGAGUUCCUAAAUGCGAUGGAGCAGCAAUCCGGGGCUCCGUCAACUACAAGUCUCAGUAGUUUUCAAACUAUUGAUGGUCCAUGGUCAACGAAUGCUCAGAAUAUUCACGAGGAUAUGGAUAACUCGUCCGUGUAUGAUGAUUCUGUGUCUAUUCUGUCUGUAAGGCCUUCAACUGCACCCAUGUGGGAGAAUGAUAAAGACGUACCAGCGUGUAGACAAUGUUCAAGAAAGUUUAGUUUUUUGAUUCGAAGGCAUCAUUGCAGACGAUGUGGUCAAGUUGUAUGCGACCAAUGCUCGGCGUCAAAAAUUAAACUACCUCUUCACCAGGUUCUACGUGAUCCAAGUGGAUCCGAAAGUAUUACAAGAUCAUCGCAAUACCAUCGUGUUUGUGACAACUGUUUGGGUCGUCCAAGAUCGAACAGCUUUGCAUCAACGAAUAUUAGUAAUUUGUAG